GUGAGAUGUAAACAUGGCGAGCGGGGCGGACGUCACCCAAAAAAUUUCUGAGGCGGAGGGCGAAUUAGAGGGACUUUCUCUCUCCAAUGAAGAGCCCAAGGAUGACCAAAUCAACGAGGAUGACCGCAAGGUGGAAGCCCUUCAGAAUGGAGUGGAAGUGCACUGGGGAUUCGGCUUGCAAGACUUGUACCGGAUCGCUCUCAAAUUUUAUAAAGAUAAGGAAGGAAAAGCUGUACAUCUUGGAUAUGCUGAGAAGUGUUCUUUAGUUGCUCUCACACAGCAGGUGACGCAUGGCCCAUAUGAUCCCGUUUCUUCACCACCAGUUGGAGUGCUGGAUGUUGUUGGAAAAGAUAGAAGGCUAGCAUGGCAGACGCUGGGGUCAAUGGGCCGAGAGGUGGCCAUGGAGCAGUUUGUAAACAAGCUGACCGAUCUUGUUCCAACCUUCCGUCCCUAUGUUGAAGCACUCUGGGCAGACAAAUUAGAGAAGGAGAGAUUAGCGAGAGAAGAAGAAGAAAGAAGGAAGGAAGAGGAGGAGAAGAGAAAGCUUGAGGAGGAAGAGAGGAGAAAGGAGGAAGAGGAGAGGAAAAAGCAGGAGGAAACAAAGCGACAGAUCCAAGAAGCUCUGAAUCAACAGACCUAUGAGCAGUUCCGCUCAUAUGCUGAGCAGCAGUUUCCUGGCAACCCAGAACAGCAAGCAGUGUUGAUAAGGCAGCUUCAGGAUCAACACUAUCAGCAGUAUAUGCAGCAGGUUUACCAACAACAGCUCCUCCUUCAACAACAACAGCAGGAACAGCCUCAAACAGAGGAUGGAAAUUGUCAAGUUGGUGGUGAGAGUCAGACAGAGGGCGGUGAGGAAAGUCCGGCACCUGAAGAAAAUGGACAUGAGUCUGAUGGUGGUGAAGAAGAUUCUGAAGAUGAAGAAACAUCCCAGAAUGUUGCGCCAGCCUCAAUGUGGACAAGACGAGAUAUUCAGGAUUUUAAAGAAUCCAUUCGACGAGAGGGUGGAGAUUCAGUCAUUAAGGUUGGGCAUGGAGAGACUGUAACGGUCCGAGUUCCUACCCAUGAAGAUGGAACAUGCUUGUUUUGGGAGUUUGCCACUGAUAACUAUGAUAUUGGCUUUGGUGUCUACUUUGAGUGGACAAAAGAUACAAGUAAUGUAGUGUCUGUUCACAUCUCAGAGAGUGAAGAAGAGAGGAGGAAGAGGAAGAACCUGAAGGUGAGGGUGAUGAUGUUGAGAGGUUAGCUGGCCGCAAGCACGAGAAUGGCCGACCAGCCCAGUCAGUAAUAAUUCCUGUGUACCGACGAGACUGCCAUGAGGAGGUGUAUGCUGGGUCUCAUGCCUAUCCUGGCACUGGCGUUUAUUUACUCAAGUUUGAUAAUUCCUACUCCCUGUGGCGGAGUAAAACCUUGUAUUACCGUGUUUAUUACACAAGAUGAAAAAGGAAUCAGGCAUCCACAGACCUGGUCCUUGUUUCCAUGCUUGUAAUUCCUAUAAUGGGGGUAGGGUCAGGCUUAUGUAUGGUUGGAAGAUGUUACUGUAAAUUUUAUUUAUCAGAAGAGUAUGUAUAUGGAGCUACUGAUAUUUUUUAGAAAAAUUGUAGGUAAUGACCUCAAAAGAAAAAGAAAACAUAAAUUAUGGGAAAAUUCAGUUGUUUGACUGAUAAUGUAUGCAUAUUCAAUUACUUAAGCUAAUGUAAGAUGCUAUAUUGAUAUGCAAAGAAAGUUUAUUGAAUCAUGUUUGGAUAUUGUAUAUGUAAGUCAUCAGAUAAGCUCUGAUCCAUUCCUGAAGGUAAGAAGUAUUUAGCCUGAGAAAUUAUUCUUUGAAACUGUAAAAGAUAGUUUUUCUUAUAUGGAUGAAAAAAUUAUUUAUUUGUCAGGAUGAUUAUCUGUGUAGAGUAUAUGAAUAUAAAUUAUAUCAAAUUAACCAUAAUUUUCUUGACCAAGUAUCAAGUAUUUGUGUCUUAACGCAACAUAAUUUUUCUCUUUUCCUCAUCGUCUUUGCUUCUCCUAUUUUUCCUCUUCGUCUUUACUUUUCCGUCUUUUCUUUCCUUUUAGCAUUUCCCUGCUCACCUCUCACCUCUCUUGUCUGCUCUCUCUUGUCUCUCCUCUUUCCAUUUUCCUUUCUCCCUUCACAUAGACAAGCAUACAAAUGCAAACAUGGACACAGACAAAAACACAAACACAUAAACACAUUUGAAUGCAUGCAAGUAUGCACAUACAUUUUAUUGUAAAUAUAUGAAAAAGAAAAACAAUAAAUCCUUAUUGCUU